CCCUCUCAGGAAAUAGUUGACCUCUCGCUUGAACCACAGCCCUACCUUCACCUCAGCUGCUUCAAGGAAUGACUUUACGAGUGCAGUAGCCGGUGACGUCACUUUUCUAUUGAAGUCUUCAUCUCGUCCGGUUACAAGCAACGCGGUUGUAAACAACAUGAUUGAUGCUAGUAACAUCAAUAUUGACAAUAUAGCUUCUGUAAACAGCAUUAACAAUGUCAAGAUGCAAAACACUAACAGUGCUUUAACACCAAAGAACAUACAUACCAUCAAUUUCAACGUUGAAAAUCACAUGGAUGCCGUCGCCUUGAAUAAUUCCGCGCCAAACUCAAGCGUUGUCUUAUCAACUGGAUCAACUCCCGGUUUAACGUCAUCUAGCGAGUUAACCAGUACAAUGACGUCAUCGUCAGCGGUUUCCUCACGCUCUCGUGAACCAAACGUAGUGCGCAUGCCUGUGUUUCAGCCGCCGCAGACGGAUUUCUCUUUUUUCAUCGCAGACCCCAAGACUCCUGAUGUGAUGCCGCCAAUAGAUGUUCCUGUCGAUGACAAUGCCAUCUCCAACGCAGCCACGUCUCAAGGAGGCUUUGUUACGGGAUCGGACACUAUUUUCUCCGAAUUAAUUGGCCUCACUCGCCCACGGCCGUUCGUUCUGAACGACGCCUCCCCGUCCUUCUGGAUCGAUCCAGCACCAGUGGACCUCACCUUAAAUGGUAUGACUUCAUCUGGUAAUGGCACUGCUACACGAACUGUUGUCACGCGUACUGAGACCACUGUCAGUCAGGACAAAGUGAUUACGUCCAAUACUGUUGAAGAAACUUCCGGUUCUGCUGCCGACGUAAUAUCUGGCACUUCCACACAAAACAAACCGACCCCUUAGGUCUGCGAAGUAGGGGGGUAUACUAUUUAAGAGUGGAAGAUGACCCCCCACCGAGCGUUGGAUAACAAAUUCGAUAUCUUAAUUGACAAGUAUCAUGUAUAUGUUCAUUUACUAUUUAGUUUUAAUAAUUUGAAAAAGUAGUGAAUGGGUCCAAGAUGUUAUUAAAAGACUCACACCACGUCUGUUUUUAUUGUAUAACCCUUUUGUGUAAGGAGUGCUUCACAUCUAUUCUGAACAAAUUUAUAAAAAAAAACAUGUAUUGUUCUUA